AUGCAUCCUCGUCUCAAGGACAUGGCGGACCGACUUUAUGCCUCAGCUCUGGCACACCAUUCACAAUACCGUCCUUAUAUUGCCCAACAGCAAUGGAUCCCUCCCAACUAUGCUUCUUCAGGAGAACGAACCUCCUCUGACGGAUCUCACCAAGGAAACUACGACGACGACGACUUGGACAGUACCUUUGACGAUGAUCUUAAGAACGACACCAACAGCAGCACCAGCAACACCAACGACCCAUCAGGCACAGACGUCCCUCUCGCGCCUGAACAAGGAUUGGAAACCCAAUCCAAGGAGCAUACGCUACGGUUUGCAAGGGACUUCAUCCGGCGUCAGCAUCAGAGCCUUGUUUCACUGUAUAUCACCAAGUGGAUGAUCUCUGUCCCAAAGAUGAACAUGUUGAUCAGGAACUGCCCUCGUCUGGAGCAGUUAUUCCUGCGGUCCGUUGAGAUUGUACCCGUCAAUUCAAGCUUUAACACUGCUGCAUUUCCUGACCUUCAAGAUUCGACAGCAGUACUGGACUUUCGUGAAAUCAAGGGGAUCCAUAUUGAUCAGAUUGGCCUCCGCAUCAACAGGCUCUCGUUUCGUGGCCAGGGUCUGGAGUCGACUGAGUUUGAGCCCUACAUCUUCUUCACACACUACACCAUCUUCAACAGCUUGCGGCCCUUCACCUGGAGCUUUCCCAACACCAAGAGUCUGACCUAUAUUAGCAAAGGCCGCUACAUCCACGACACCGAGGUUGGCAAUGCGAUCCAGUACAUCCUGACCUCUUGCUCUCCCGGCCUGCACCACCGCGUCCACCAUGACUGCCACAGCAACAGAAACAGCAACAGUAGUUAUAACAACAGAAGCAACGUCGACUCACGGCAGCAGACGAGGCGCUCCUCAAGUCACGACAUCUCAAGGAGGUCACCAUCAGUAACUACUCCAUCCGCAGGUCACUCGUCUCGUCAAUUGUCAGUACAUUUGGAGAGGCUGGAGGUGUUGGAUCUGGUCGGCUGUGGUGGUCUGUCGAGACUCAAUCUUCACCAGAUUUUGGUUCGGUGUGAGGACUUUAAGGUGUUUCGAGGACCAGAGUCGAUGGGACGGAUUUUUGCAGAGAUGGCAGACACUACAAGUGUCAAGGCAGUGUUGGCGCAGGAGUCGACUCGGUGGUCGACUAAUGUUAUUCUUAACCAGAUUGAGCAACAGCAGGGCCUUGAGGUUCUUAACCUGAGAGGCGACUUGGACUACCACCUGGCAGAUGACUGUCGCAAGGGGAUUCAGUUGGUGCUUAAUGCUGGUCUGGACAAGUUACGAGAUUACAUCCCUUUUGCAAAACUGGGUGAAUCGGACCAUGAGGACUCUCCUUCAACCGACAUGGCUGGACAUACUUUCUUGUCACAAGGUCAAGGGAACAAUACGGAUCCUGCCUUCGGCCUUGGUCUUGGCACCACCAACAGUCUCGCCGGAGUCUUCGAGCGACACCAGUACGGCCAGCCGGCUGUCUCUGACGCACGGAGUGCUGUUGCGUUGUUGGUGGUUGACUUUAUCCGUCGUGUACACAUGCACAUCGACGUUCAGGACGAGUUCAUAUUCAUUCAGGAUGAAGUGAAGCGCCCAGGCGAAAAGUCGACCACGUUCUGCAUUAGCCAGGUCAUGGAGCUCAAUACCUGGUACCCUUGCACUCCAGAUAUGGCGUGUUCGGAGCUCAGAGAGUUCACAUACCAUAAUCACGCAGAGGGGAUGCUAUUCCAGGAAGUCAUGUUCAAGAAGGCCUGGAACUUGCCUAACCUCCGCAGGCUGCAUUUCCAUGGUAUCGCCUUUCGAGCCCAGUACAAUGACCUCUCCCGAGUACCCGUCCCUAACAGCUGGAAAAAAGAGAACCGAGUUCGAAAUCACCGCUGCUGCAGCACCCGGACUGCUGGGGAUAUCGACCAUCCAGGUAACAUGGCACCCUCCCUCCUCUUCGACAAAGCCUUACUGGAUCACGUCAAGGGCCUCUCCAACCUCUCCGAGGUCAUUGCCAUCGAAGUGAAAUAUCGCAAGAGGCUCAACUAG